CGACUGGUACUUUACUAAAGGAGCAAGUGCCUGUUGCCUAGUAACACUGUACGCCGGAAGUAGAGGAAAACGGCGCAAGUAGAGGGAAGAUUUGGAUUGUAAAACGUUAUAUCGAGCAUGGAGCUGUAUCAUGUGCUAGAACCAAUUGGUGAGGGCUCUUUUGGCCGUGUCUACAAAGGAAGGAGGAAGCACAGUGGUGAGAUUGUGGCCCUGAAAUUUAUCCCUAAAGUCGGACGCUCAGAAAAAGAACUGAGAGGACUAAAGAGAGAGAUUCAGAUAAUGAGAGAUUUGAAACACCCCAAUAUUGUGCGCAUGUUAGACAGUUGUGAGACCGAGCGAGAGGUUGUUGUGGUUACAGAAUAUGCAGAGGGUGAGCUAUUCCAGAUACUAGAAGAUGAUGGGAAUUUGUCUGAGGAGUUGGUGAGAGAUAUCUCAGCCCAGCUUGUUUCUGCACUCUAUUACCUGCAUUCUCAUCGGAUCUUGCACCGUGACAUGAAGCCUCAAAACAUUUUGUUGGGUAAAGAUGGGACGGUGAAGCUGUGUGAUUUUGGGUUUGCCCGGGAAUUAAGUCUAGAUACACUUGUGGUACGCUCCAUUAAAGGGACCCCCUUGUACAUGUCUCCAGAACUGGUUCAAGAACGCCCAUAUGAUCACCGUUCAGAUCUCUGGGCUCUUGGCUGUAUUGUGUAUGAGCUGAUGGUUGGAACGCCUCCAUUCUAUACGCACAGCAUCUUUCAGUUGGUCAGCAUUAUUACCAACCAACCUGUGCGCUGGCCACGCGAUGUAUCCACAGAAUUAAAGAGUUUCUUGCAGGGCCUUCUCACAAAGGAGCCAGAUCUUAGGCUCUCAUGGCCACAACUCCUGAAACAUCCAUUCAUCAGAGAUAAAGUGACUGUGGUUGAGGAGAGUGCUUCCUGCAGUUCUUUCACAUCAGGGCUGAGCGCAGAGGAACAGCAGCUGAGAGACCAGCAGUGUAAGAGUUCUGCACAGAGUAGUGCGCACUCUCGGAUCCUGAGCAAGGCCAGACAACGUGUGGCCAAGAGAAAGGAGCUUGGCACUAAGGUGAGACCUGAACCUACGUCACUGAAGACAUCACAGAGACUGCUUAGCACAUCCACUCCCCGAGAACAUCAGAUCUCCUUGGACUAUGAGCGAGAGUUCCUCAGCGAGAAGAAAGACAGACGCAGCAUUGAGCGAGUGAACCUAGAAAGUGAGGACAGUGACGAAGAGUGGUCAGUUCUCCUUGAAGCCACGGACCCCUCUGUUGCUCAGCUCAGCACUCCCUUUCUCCUCCUUCAAGAUGGCAGUUUCAGAAAAAGAGUGCAGGGGCGGCUUCACAGCUGCUGCCAUCCGGUAUACCUGGAAGACGUUUCUCGUCUCCGUCCUGCCCUACGUGUCACGUGUAAUCUCCUGACCUCCGCCUGUGACCCUGCUCUGCUCUCUGAUCUCUGCACAGAGCUGCAGUUACCGCAUUUCUUGUUGCAGCUUAUUGGCCAAUCACUGAAUAGCAACCUGCGCCAGUGCACGUGGGGUAUUUCUUUCCUGUCGGACCUUUUCGUCCUCCUGAAUUCAUAUUACAGUUUCAUGCGACACCCUCAGACACCCAGCAGAGUUGCUGGUUAUGUGUCUGAGAGGUUUCUAGCAAACAAGUGCUCUUUAUAUGAUCGCUACACCAGUGGCCUUUUGCGGUCUGCCUGUGUCCUGAAUAAUCUAAAGGUCUUGUAUUCCUGCUGUCAUGCCUCUCUGGAUUUGUGCUGCCAUCUUGCAGGAGACUGUAACACUCUGCAGUGUAUCCUUGGUCUGCUGUCAGGAGAGGUCGCUCAGUGGAGCAGGGCUCAGAUUCACAUGGCAGAAGUGAGUCUGUUUCUUAUGUCUCUCAUAGUCUGGCGACUGCAGUCUCUCCCAGAGCCGAUGUCACAUGUUGUCAUAGCUCUUCAUCAUCUGAUGACUAUUUGUGAUGUUCCAUCUCUUGCUGUGUCUCUUACAACCCUAAGCUCUGCCCUACUAGACGUUGGGGUGCAAAUCUCAUUGUCGCAUGAGAGAUUACUGAUCGUUACAAGGAUGUCUCUUGCAGAGCUGACCCAGUUGUCUGUGUCUGUCAGCCGUCUGUUUCUGCUCUGGCUCACUAUGCAGUUAGACCUAAUCAGUAGGAUGCAGGAUGAAUCUCUGUCUAUGCUACUCUCAGAAGAGAGUGCUUUCCUUUGGCAUCGUGUUAGUAUGCUUCUGCGUGUGUAUAGUCCAGCUGCACUGCUGGAGGGAGAGACCCCGAGGGAGAAGGACUGCGCACCUCCAGAUUGGGAUUUAUUGUCUGUUCGAGGUGUUUUGACCUUCCUUGACUUGGCCCUGAUGAUUUCUGUUAGGAACGCUGAUCAUUUCCUGUCCCUUCUGACGUCUAUGGACAACAUCACCAUAGCAACAAUAAAGUGCCUACUGAACCUUAAUUUCCUGGGGAACCUGAUGGAAGCCCUCAUUAUGCUGAAAUACCACUGUGUUUUGACCUUCCUUGACUUGGCCCUGAUGAUUUCUGUUAGGAACGCUGAUCAUUUCCUGUCCCUUCUGACGUCUAUGGACAACAUCACCAUAGCAACAAUAAAGUGCCUACUGAACCUUAAUUUCCUGGGGAACCUGAUGGAAGCGUGCCGCACAUCUGAACUGGACUCUUCGCAGACCAUCUCGCAUGUCGUUCAUUUGGUCUGUCAGCUGCUUUGUGUUCCGCUGUCCCUUGAGACCCCUUCAGAGAUAAUGAGUGAGAUUUUGAGGUCCUUCAGUCAGCACCAGAUGGUCACUUGUCUUCUACAGGCUUGCACUCUACUGCCACCGUCUGCUGCAGAGCUGCCAGUCUCACUACUCUGCCGUCUUACUCUCAUAGAUUCAGACCAUCUAACAGAAUUCUCACAAGCCGUAAUCUCUUCAGAGGAUGUUUCUGCAUGGCUUGGAAGUGCUCUACACUCAGGUCAAGACCGUCUAACCUGUGACUUAUUGUCUCUUCUUAGUCACCUCAUACGUGUUUGCCCCUCUCACUUGCCUCUGUUGAAAAGGAUUGUGGGUGAGUGGGACAACCUACAUUCCUUGAUUCUACAUGCUCGAGGGACUGAGCAGAGGUCAGCAGCUUGCACUUUUGCUGGGAACUUGACACGUCUUGGUGAACCCUUAGCUCGGUCGAUCUUAGAGACUUUGCUGGAAUGUCUUUCAGACAAGGAUGCUAGAGUGCGUCGUUCUGCUGCCUUUGCUGUGGGAAACACAGCAUUUCACAGUGACCGAUCUAAUUCUUACAACACCUGGGUGUCUCUGGCUACUUCUAAGUUCCUAAUACUUUUAAAGGACCCUCAGCCAAGAACCAGGGCCCAUGCAGCCAGUGCCCUUGGAAACCUGGGGACCAUUUCAGCCAGUGGUGAUGAGACCUCCGGUUUUAUGCUAAGGGUCCCACAACUGCUCAUGCAGUCAGCAUGCACAGACCAGGAUGAAACUGUUCGUCUUGCUUCAGUUGUCGCCCUGCGAAGCCUCAGUGCAACACCAAAAAUACGUCAGCACCUCCUGUCUCUGGAUGCUGGAGAGAGACUGUCUCGUUCACUAAGAGAAGAUGCAGAGCAUCAGUCCCCAAGAAGUGGUGAGAGUCCACGAUCCGUUACACCUGGGAAUUACUCUUCUCUACUACUAGGAGGAGGCAAAGAUUCCCAAGAGCUCUAUGAAACACUUUACACAUACCUCAGUCUUUACUUUGUCUUCUCAGGAAGAGUUCUCAGUCUAGAUUGAUACCUGGUUUCCCCUCAGAGUGCAGUUGCAUGGUUUGGGAUUCUUUUUUCACCUCAUGGGAAAUUUUUCAUAAACCUUCUAAAAUUGGUGUCAGACGCCCCUAAAAUGGUCAUGCAUCCUAAGCUGUAUGGCAUAUAUCUACAAUAUGGAGAAACCUAUCUUUUACUCCCUAAAUAAUUCGGACCUGUUUGAACUAGUGUGGGCAGAUUGGCAAUCCUGCUACACCACUACUUGGUCCCCGAAUACUAGAGUAAAUACGCAUUAGAUUACCUCUGAUGUCUAUCUUCUGAAUAAGAACUCCCCUUCUACCUCUAACGCUACUAUCACCCUUCCUCUUCUCUCCAACCCCUUCCCCAUCCCAACUAACCUACCUCUUAUGAUAAGAGCUAUAUCAUGCUCACUCUCCAUUUUAUGAAUACAUUCCAACCUGAAAUGUUGAAAUUGUUUCAGUUUUCUGUUUAUAUAUCCUGUAGGAGCCUGUGUGCUCCAAAAACACUCACUACGUUAUCUUUGUAAUUGAGAAUAUUAUUUAUCAAUAAAAAAAAAAAUUUGGAAAAA